AUGCCAGUCAACGUCUCGUUUAAAACUCUCACACAAAGCACAUUUAAUUUGGAACUCGACGAAAAUCAAUCAGUCGCCGAAGUCAAGGCAAAAAUCGCAGAACGCGGUGAUGAAUUCGCAGUCGAUCUUCAAAAAUUGAUCUACAAUGGUAAAAUCCUCGAUGAUAGCCAGAAAGUAUCAGACAUCGGAUUCGAGUCGACGAAAUUUGUUGUAGUUAUGUUAACUCGCAGAAAAGUGCCAGUUCCAGAGCCAACUGCAGAAGUGCCAAAAGAAGUUCCAGCAACAACUCAAGCUGCACCAGCUCCAGCGCCAGUUCAAAUUCCAACAACUCAACAACCAGCAGCUGCAGCUCAACAAGCUCCAGCUGAAAAUCUGACCGCUGAACAGGAACAAUCAAUUGAAGCGAUUGCUGGAAUGGGAUAUCCAAGAGAUCAAGUUCAAGCAGCACUUCGCGCAGCUUAUUGGAAUGCUGACAGAGCUGUCGAAUUCCUUUUGACUGGAAUUCCUGAAGUCGCUGCUGAUGAAGCUGCAGUUUUACCACAAGAUGAUGGAGAUGAUGAUGAUUUAUUGGAAGGACCUGGAGAUUUGGCAGCUUUGGCUAAUAUUCCACAUCUUGAUGAGAUUCGUGCGAUGGUGCAGAGAAAUCCAGAAAUGUUGGGAUCGAUUUUGCAACAAUUGGCCGCGGUUAAUCCGGAUUUGGUUCAGGCGAUUCAGGGAAAUCAACAAGGAUUUAUUGAUAUUUUGAAUGCCGCUCCAGUGAGUUUUUGACUUUUUUGUCUUAAAAUCUGCAAAAAAUCAUCGAUUUUCCUUCCAAAAUUGAGGAAAAAUUGAUUUUCUGCGUUUUUUCCACUCCAAAAUUUGUAGCUUUCGAAGAGAAGAUGAUUUUUCCUACCGAAUUUUUGGUAUGGAAAAAAUCCCUCUGGCAUUUUUUCUAUACCAAAAAUUGGUUGGGAAAAUUCAGCUUCUCCGCGAGAACUACAAUUUUUGGUAUGGAAAAUGAAAAUAAGUUUUCCAAUUCGAAAUUUCGUGCGGAAAAAAGUGUCUAGACCAAAAUUUCGAGACAAAUUCAAAAAUCACAAUAUUUUCAGACCGACGGCGGAGCUGCAGGCGGAAAUGCUCCACAAGGAGGCGGACAACGUGCCAGAAAUGAACACGUCAUUCAUUUGUCAGCCGAAGAAUUGGCCGCCAUCAAUCGAAUCAAAUCAAUGGGUUUCCAAGUUUCCGAACAAGUCAUUGUUGAAGCCUAUUUUGCGUGCGAUAAAAACGAAGAAGCUGCCAUCAAUUUCAUUUUGAGUAAUAUGGAAGAGCCAUAA